AAUUCGUUUUCGCAGCAGCGCGCAGGUGACUUGGCUGUGUCCAGCAAACGCCGGUCGAAUAUAAAAGUGAUCUCUCCAACACGGGGCAAACGGCAAAGAUUCAGACAGAAUGGUAAACGCAAAUAUAUUACACGCCAAAAAGAUGACGACAUAAAAACACAAAAGCAAGUGGAAAACUAUCGGCCGAGAAAAACGAAACGGCGAAACGAACAGUUGCUAUCAGUUAUAAUUCCAGUGCGCUGCAAGCAAACCAUCCAAAGUGCGAACCCCGUUUGACCCGACAAGAACAGAGAGCAGAGUUAAGGAUAAUCGCAAAAUAUCUUGAAAAGUCCUAUCCAAAGUCCUGACGACACGGACAAGUCCGGAAAAUUGAGCCCAAAGAAAAAAGACCUCACCGCAAUUCCACUUCCCCAGCACAUACUAGUCCGCAGCAGGGGAAAAACUGCUCAUGUGUGUUAAGUGUACGUGUGUUUUUGUGUGAGUGUGUGUCUUGGGACGUCGUUUUCCACCAUCAGAGGACAUAGAAAGGCUCGUCAGAGAGUGAGCAAAAGAGAGAAAGCUACACCGAGAGCGAUAAAGAGUGGAAUAGGAAAGACUUUUCAUGUACAAUAAGUAGUAUUACAUACAUCAGAGUAAGGCAAGCAACUGUUACGUCUCCAACAUUCGUUCGACAGCCACAGUCAGAACCAGAUUGUACAUCUUGCGCUAAGGCAAACCUCUGUGAAACAACCGACGCAAUCGAAGAAGCUAUCAGCCGUGAUAUCUGGUAAAAAAAGUGAUUAAACCGAAGUAUACAAGCAAGCAAAACCAUUUGCAAGACAUUCCCAAAGCUUUCACCCUCGGUAGUGAGGGGUGGUAACAGGCGUCAAACAGGAACGAAUGAAGAGAGAAAUUAGGAUAAUUUAAAUACAACUGCUUCAUAACUAGAACCCUAAAGCUAGGCUAGAGACAGUAGUGUGAAUGUGAGCCCGUGAAAUAACUGUUCGUUUAGAGAUAAAGCUGCAGAAAAAAAAGCUCGAAGAAAAGUAGUGCCGCGAGCAAAUUGACACAUCUUUGAGCCAUUGCCAGGAUCGAUCAAGAAGCUAGCUUCGUGUUUGUGUCAUCAUCCGUGCUUUCCAAUUCGUGCGUUUGUGUGGUUGUGAUAAGGCCAUAGAAAACUUUCCAGUGUAGACGAGAAAAUUUUACGCUCUCUCCCGUUUUUUUCCGAUCGAGAGAGUAAGCUUCACAGAGCGUGAGAGCGAGAGAAGGUUCAGACACAGAGCGAGUGAGUUGAUAGUUUGGUGGAAUCACCCCGAAAGGAUUUCCCUUUCGACGCCGGAACGAAAGCGACACGAGGGGUAACGGACGAGGCAGCGCGGCACGGUGUGGUGGUUCGUGUUUCCACGAUUCUGGAACAAGGCUAGUGGACUCGACUCGGUGUCACUGUGUUAGUCGUGAGCGAUAAAGUGCAUAGACAGGACACGCAGUUACGGGUGUGUUCCUUUUUCGAAAAAAGAGCAAAGAAAUAUCCGACCAUCACUGAUCUACUGCUACUGCUGCCUGGCAAGCAUCUUCAUCAUCAAGAAGUGUCCUGUGUGUGUGUCCUUCUCGAGCGAAGCAAAACAACGGCUGCGCUCCAACCAUUUGCAUCACUGUUCUCAGUGGACAAAGACUCGCAAGAACACGGUCGGUCGGUGGAGAAAGUAAAGCACACAGUAUUUUCUAGAGCUUACUGCGUAUUUCGCAUACUUUGUCUCGCCCCGUUGCCACGGAGAGUGACUGACCCGUUAUCCUGAAAGUGACCUAUUGCGAGAAGCUGCGCAAAAAGCGUCCACCCUUUCGUGUACCGUGCACAACAAGCAGCUGCCAUCUUUGCUGGUGUAGGACGUUAUUCUAUUUCUGCCAGUGAGCUUUGAGUGAACAAAUCGAACGCCAGGAAGGACGGGCCAGCAUGGAUCAGGACCAGGAUCUGGUGGCACCGAUGGAGGUGAACGGGGCCGAUGAGCAGCAGGGCGGCAGCAUCGACAUCGGGGCAGGGUCCGAUGGGCCACCGAGCAUUAUCGGUGUCGGUCCGCCGAGCCCACUUACCGGGUGCUAUCUGUUGAUUGUCAUCGGUGAGCCACACUCGCAGGACCAUAAGGAUAUCAUUCUCCAACGGCUUAUCAAAGGCUUCCUGUCAUGGGAUGUCGUCGAUUGCCAUGUCGACUUGGAGGACGAGCUGCAUACAAUCACGUUGCAGGCAUUGGAGGGAGAGGAAGGCAAGCAUGGUGAACGAUUGAUUCAGUAUGCCAGCGAAAAUCUGGUAACUGAAAUAUUGAUUCAUCCACAAGUCAACACCUUCAUCCAGUGCAUUCGGAAUCUGCUGAGUAGCUUCACCCGGCACCGCCACAUCAUCCACACCGGAUACACCUUCUCAGGAAACGGGUCGUGGAUAUUACAGGAUGGAACUUUUUCAGUGAUGGAUUUCAUGGAAGCAUUCCAGGAGCACGAGGUGCAACGCGUGCUCCGUGCCUAUCCUGAAACGAUCACGAUGGACAUUCAUUGUGCGCCCGUAGGACAGUGGCACAUGAUUCAGGAAAAGUCCUUCUCACGGCUCUGUCGACUGCGUUUGAAUCCGGUCGACGUACUGGACUCGGGCAGUGAAAGGUUGAACUCUUUUGUCGCUUAUCUGUCGUCGAUGAUCAUACCGACGGAAAUUUCGGAGCUGCUGGAAAGCUCUGACGUCGUUGGAAACAUCCGUUUCAGCCACCCGACGCUGUACGUCUUCCCAGGAGGCCAGGGAGAUGCAGCACUGUUUGGCAUUAAUGGCUUCAACAUGUUAGUUGAUGGAGGGUUCAGCCGCAAAUCCUGUUUCUGGGACUUUGUGCGCCACCUAGAUCGUCUGGAUGCGGUGCUGAUGACGCGCAUCAACAAUACCAACAUCAAGGGCAUCUCGUCCGUGGUUGAGCGCAAGAGCGAGGCGCACGUCUACCCACAGAUAGGACAUUUCUUCGGCAACAUUCCUGAGCGCAAGGGGCUGCCGAGUCCGGACGGUGAUAAGGAUCGUGACCCGCUGCUGGUGGAUAUACUGCAGGAGGGCCACCAAAUCGUGACGAAUCUGAAAUCGUUAAACUUGAAGGCACAAAACUGCUACCGUGAUGCGGAGCCGAUCAAUCUGUAUCAUAAGGUGGGCCAUGGAACGCUCGAUAUGUACGUUAUCAGUCCGGCCCGAGAUUCGCGCGAGGUGAAGGACUUUCUGGCACGCUGGGCCGCGGCCGACCAGCGGCUGUUUACGAAAGAGGCGAAGGAUGGAAAAGACUUUGCCUUCCCGUUGCAAAAUCUGAUCUCUAUCUGCGCGCUGCUGGUGUGGACGCCAGCCAACCCGGAAGACAAUAUUACACGCAUUCUCUUCCCGGGGUCGGCACCUGAGUACAAGAUCCUCGAGGGAUUGGAGAAGAUGAAGAAUGUCGAGUUUAUGCGACAGCCAGUGUGUCCGGUCAAGUCAAUCACGGCCAACCUCUCAACACCAGUGCUAGUGACGAAGAAGAGCCUGAAGUCGGCCUCGACUGAUCGGAUUAUCGCGGAACCCCUACAUCCGUCCAAGCCCAAGGACAACAAACUGAUCGACAACAAAAUGAGAAUGAUGCAUGCCGAUAACAAGCUGGCCAGCGAUGGGAUGGAUAGCUCUGCGGACGAGAUCAAAAUGGAAAAGCAACUGUCCAAGACAGCGGCCUCGACGACUGUUGCUUCGGCCCGGAUCGAAAGCAAACCCAAAGCUAUUCGUGCCGGCAAACCGAUUGCCACUGCCGAGAAGAAGCUUGACAACAAGAAGCUCGACCAGCAGGACGAAAAGAAAGACUCCAUCUCAGACGUGAGCUCGGACAAGGAGGAUGCACUAUCCAUCGACAAAUCAAAACCCGUGGCCGUGGACAGUGAAAAGAGCCUCGAUGAAGCGAUCGACGCGCCCGAAAAGAAGGAGGAGGUCGAUGCUGCCAAACCAGAGCUGGAUGCGAAGGAAAAGAAGAAGGACGAUACAUCCCCAGCUGGAGCUGACACCGGUGGCAUGGCGACAAAACCGACCAGGAAACCUCCUACGUCACGCACCGUUACUUCAUCGACCGCCAGAUCCAGGGUGGACACAGCAAGCAAAACGUCCAAGCCUUCGGUCGAGAGAAAGCCUGCAGUCAGGAAACAAACAGAAGCAAAUAAAUCCUCACCAACAACACCGAAAAAGACGAGUUCCAUCGAAGCAAAACUUACCAAUGGCAGUGCCACCAAAGCGGAACAGGGCGAAGAUGUGAAAAAGGCCGUCGGAAAGUCAACUGCAGCCAAAGUGGGCCCAACCUUAGGAUCAAAACCAGGCAAAUCUAGUCCGAAAGCUACUCCAGCGAAAAGUGCGAAGGAUGAAAACAACCGCAAGGUCCUCGAGGCAAGACAGCGUCCAACUAUGGCUGCCAAGCGUGAGGCUCGAAAAGACCAGGAAAAGAAGGAAACUGCUCCAGCAAAGCAAACGGAGCGUAAGCCCAUCUCGCGACGACCGAAGGGCACCGUUUCGACAUCUUCCAGCGCAAUGAACGCUGGUGGUAGUCCUGUCAAGGCCAAGAAGGUGCUCAAGUCGGAAAAGGAUGCAGUCAUCAGGAAGGCCAAGCUGGACAAGAGUGGUACUACCGAUUCGAGUCUCGUGUCAACGCCAAGCGCCGACGAAGGCGGUGUGCCCGUUCCCAAGCGACCGAUUGGAGUUGCUAUUCCAGAUGUCGCUCCUGGAGAUACCGAGACGCUGGAAGCUAUCAAGAAACAGCAGCAACUGGCCGAGCUCAAGGAAGAACAGGAAGCGGUGCGUGAGAUUGAAGCCGUGUUUAACCGCGAUCAGGCUGCACAGAAAGCUCUCAAACACCGAGAGCUUGCACUCACCGAGGAGCAUCGCGAAGUGCAGGACAGUGCCACCGAGCCGGAAGAAGAGGAGGAAUAUCUUAUCAUUGAAAAGGAAGAACAGUACACCGAGGACUCGAUCAAUGAGCCGGAGAGCAGUGCCACCAAAGAGGAAGAAAUUCAGAAACAUCAGCGCGAUUCGCAAGAGUCCGAAAAACGGAAGCGCGACAGUUUGGAAGAAGAGAAAGAGGAAAAGGUGGAUGCGGAUAAGGUUGUUGUUGUUGAGACGGCUGCCGAGGAGGAUGCCGCUGAAAGUGAAAAGCCGGAUGACGAUCAACCGCAUCAGGAAGAGGAGGAAGAUGUCGAAGCCAGUGCCCCGGCCGAGGAGCGACCUGACGACAAGGAAAGGCUUUCGCCCAAGCACAAACAAGAGCUCGAGGAGGAGGUGCAGGAUAUUAUCGCAUCAGCGAAGGAAAUCGCCAAAUCCAAGAUGGAAACCUCGAUGGACGGGCUGAAGACAGAGGAGAUCUCAUCCUUUAGCCCGGAUGAAAAAAUGAGCAGCACGAAAAAGACCAGUGACACUCGGGACGAGGAGCAGGAACUACCGAUCGGCCAUCCAAAAGACCAUAUCGAUCCCCCUCACCACGAGAGCCACCACGAGGAGCGCGUUUCGGCAACCGUCGAGUCUGGUGCGACAACGACUGCUCCAACACUUCCCGAAGACGAACGCAUACCCCUUGACGAAAUCAAGGAAGAUCUCGUGAUCGAAGAAAAGCACGUCAAGGAGGAAACAAAGGAAAUCGAAGUGGCAUCGACGAUACCAGUGGCGUCUGCUGCAGCAAUCCCAAUCGAGCAACCGAUGGGACCGGUAGUGGCAACGGAGGAAGUGCCCACUGCGGCAGCUCCAUUGAAAACAGUUUAUGAGCCACUGGAACGACCGGUACCGGCUAAGAUGCAGUUCAGCGCACAGCAGGCCCAUAUGCGCGAUGUGGUGAAAACACCGGAUGAGGUUGCCGAUCUGCCGGUGCAUGAGGAGGCCGAUCUCGAGGAGGAUUACGGCGAGGAUAAGGAUAAGGAUAGUAAAGAAGAUGAGGAUAAGGACCGUGAUACGAAAGAGAAGCCAGAGGAGGAACCGAUCGUCGCAGUCUCUACGACAAUCGUGUCAUCGACACUGGCGGCGAUAGAGACUGAAGUUAAGCAACCUGAGAAGACUGAUCAAGAAAGGCAUGUAGCGGAUAAGUCAGUUGAAAGUGAUAAACCAUGUGAUACGUCAAAGAAACCAACUGAAGUGGAGGAAGUGUUCGAGAAAAUGCAAAGAGAUACCCUACUGGACAAGCCGCCAAAAUCUGACGCACAGGAACUAGAACAACAGGAUGCUUCAAAACCACUGCUCAUGGACGAUGCCAUUUUGAGGGAUUUGGAGUCACAAAUAAUCCCAGUAGACGAUAAGCUCGAUAGUGCCGUAAAGGUGCAGCAACAGCAUCAGGUUAAACCUGACAGCAAGUUGCCAGCAGAAGCAACCGAUCAAGAUAAGCAUGAAGCGGAUGAAGACGAAACGAACAAGGUCCCAGUGGAGGAAGAGUUGAUCGUCGCACAAAAAGUAGUACCUAAGGUUCCUGAACCACCACAAACCGUAGCGUCGGUGUUGGAUGAAAUCUGGCAAACACCAUCAAAGGUCGAGGAAAAAUUGGACGAGUUGAAACAUCUAAUCGACGACAAAGCGAAGAGCACCGUGUCUGAUCUAGUGGCCAUCAAGGACACUAUGGUGAAAACUGUUGCCGAACGGAAGGAGGAAAUCAUCGAUACCGUUGUAGUAGAGGUCAAGGAUGCGGAUCAAAAAGUAAAAGAGAUCCUUGAAGACGCUGGCAAAGAAGUGGAACAAAUGGUUGUUCAAACUGCACAAGAGGUGGUAAAAGGUAUUACCGAUAAAGCUGACUCCGUGCUUGACGAUCUGCAAGCUAAGACCAAGCUGAUCGACGACGAACUAACAGCCACCACUUCUAAGAUGGACGCGAAAGUGGAUUCCGUAGUCCAAGAGGUUUCGCAAGCUGCUACAAAGGUAGAUGAAACGCUGGUCAACAUCGCAGCAGAAACGAGCGAACUGGAAAAGCUAGCGAAAGAUCUCAAACAAGAUGUUAUCAGCCAGUUGGAUAGUACCAAACAACAGCUCGAACAAGACCUUACGAAAGAGGUAGAAAAGGUGCAAGACAAAGCGAAAACUGGCAUCAGCUCUUUCUUCGGAAGCAUCACGGAGGGCAUUAAAAGUGGAAUCGAGAAAAUGGCAGACAAAGUGGAACACAAGAUCAAAGAUAAAACCGAGGAAGUUGAAGUCAAAUUGCAACAAGUCACAGAAAAAAUUGACAGUCUGCAAAUGGAGCGCAAUUUAGAAUCGGUCGCAGCAGCACACCAAGAAUCGGAACAACAAGCAUACGAUCGAUUUGGAGGCCCUUACGAGCGAAGCUAUACCCAGGAGUUGCGUGAAACGCAUAUUACGACACUCGAUUCUCCGGUCUCAGAUGGGGAUAAGCUAAAUAUGGAAUUGAAAUCCAUGGUUAACAUUCCGCAAGAUAUCGACGAAGACAAGGAGCUCGAAGAGCUGGAGGCUAACAAAAACAUGGGUUCAUUUGUGAUCGAGGACAUCAAGUACAGUGCUUUUGAUGAUGCUAAUCUGCGCGAGAUCAAAGAGGAGGAAGAGGAAGAUCGGGUUUCUCCGCCACAAGGAGCCUCGGAGAAGCUUGACCCUGUCAUUGGCAUGAUGCCACCACGCGCGCGUACUCCGGAAGAUGUGGCCAAGAUUGUGGCCAAUGUAGCGGAAGUCUUGAAGUCCGAUAAGGACUUAGAGGAAAUCAUUCCUGGUUUCGAUCCUCAGGAGCUGGAGCGAAAGCUUUCCCAAGGUGCUGCGCGUGAGGAAGAUGUAGGCACAGUACAGCGCAUGCUCGUUACGGCCAGCAGCGAAGAUGGUGGCGAAGAGACGGUCAUUUGUGCCGACGGGACUAUCACAUUCUCAAAGUCAGCCACGCCAGAACCCAUUCAGGGUUCCGGCACGACUACUCCUGAGAUUAAGGUGCAGGAGGAGAACGAAGACGAAGAGGAUGACGCCGAGUCGCAUAUGCCCACAAAGGAUGCUACUGACGUGAAGCAAACAGGAGAUGAAAAGGGAAGCCCUGCAUCGUCAGGCAAAUCGUCGCCAGAUCUAAAAACAUCUCCCACAUCAAUCGAAGAGAAGGACAAACACGAAUUACCUGAGAAAGUGGUUCAGGUCGAGGUGGCAAAACCAAAGAUGCCUGAAGAAACUAUUGACAUGGUGAGCGAUAUCCGUAAGGAAUCGUUAGCCGAUCAUCAAACAUACGAUCAAAUCGAUGAUACAAGACGUGAGUCCGCCAUUAGUACAUUCAGCGAGCGAGAUUAUACCAAGGAUGAAAGCUCUUUCGUCGAUGAACGUGAUUCGUCUCGGGCGCAUUCGAUAUCAAGUCACAUCAGUGAUCUUAAAGAAGACCCAACCGAUCUAAAAUCAGUGGCAGACUUUUUAAAGGAAUCUGAAAAAGAUCACGAUCAAGUAUUUGUUGAAACAGACGGCAAAAUGAAGGAUCUUUCUAGUCCUGAAUCCAUUACAAGUCAGAAAACGGUAUCAGAGAAGGAUCAGAUUGUUGUAGGCGGAACUGCUGCCACAUCAAUUGAGCCAGCUGCUGCAUCCGAUAUGACUAUUGAUGCUAAAGCACAGGUCGAAACGGGUGAGUUUUCUCGUCCAGAAUCUCCAGCAAGUGUGGGAGAAACUUGCCUUCCAGAAUCGACAGUGCCACAUAGCACAACCAAAGAUGUUCACGAACAACCCAUUCAAAUGCGACAACAGUUGAAAGAAUCUGCAUCAUUGGAUCUCGCAGAAGAACUGCAGGAAGAAACAAGCUUUUCUCGUCCUGCAUCACCAGCUAGCGCCGAAGAUAUAUCUCGCCCUGCUUCUGCUGCAAGUGGACCUACUGGCAAGGCUCCGUCUGAGAAGUCCGUCGAUCUCAAGGCUGAGACCAAGGAGGAGUCCCGACCUGCUUCUGCUGCAAGUGGACCAGCUGACAAGGCUCCGUCUGAUAAAUCCGAUGAGCUGAAGGCUGAUGCCAAGGAGGAGUCUCGUCCUGCUUCUGCUGCAAGUGGACCAGCUGACAAGGCUCCGUCUGAGAAGUCCGUCGAUCUCAAGGCUGAGACCAAGGAGGAGUCCCGUCCUGCUUCUGCUGCAAGUGGACCAGCUGACAAGGCUCCGUCUGAGAAGUCCGUCGAUCCCAAGGCUGAGACCAAGGAGGAGUCUCGACCUGCUUCUGCUGCAAGUGGACCAGCAGACAAGGCUCCGUCUGAGAAGUCCGUCGAUCUCAAGGCUGACACCAAGGAGGAGUCCCGUCCUGCUUCUGCUGCAAGUGGACCAGCUGACAAGGCUCCGUCUGAGAAGUCCGUCGAUCUCAAGCCUGAGACCAAGGAGGAGUCUCGACCUGCUUCGGCUGCAAGUGGACCAGCUGACAAGGCUCCAUCUGAUAAGUCCGAUGAGCUGAAGGCUGAUGCCAAGGAGGAGUCUCGUCCUGCUUCUGCUGCAAGUGGACCAGCUGACAAGGCUCCGUCUGAGAAGUCCAUCGAUCUCAAGGCUGAUGCAAAGGAGGAGUCCCGGCCUGCUUCUGCUGCAAGUGGACCAGUUGACAAGGCUCCGUCUGAGAUGUCCGUCGAUCUCAAGGCUGAUGCCAAGGAGGAGUCCCGACCUGCUUCUGCUGCAAGUGGACCAGCUGACAAGGCUCCGUCUGAGAAGUCCGUCGAUCUCAAGGCUGAUGACAAGGAGGAGUCCCGACCUGCUUCUGCUGCAAGUGGACCUGCUGACAAGGCUCCGUCUGAGAAGUCCGUCGAUCUCAAGGCUGAGACCAAAGAGGAGUCCCGACCUGCUUCUGCUGCAAGUGCACCAGCUGACAAGGCUCCGUCUGAGAAGUCCGUCGAUCUCAAGGCUGAUGCCAAGGAGGAGUCCCGUCCUGCUUCUGCUGCAAGUGGACCAGCUGACAAGGCUCCGUCUGAGAAGUCCGUCGAUCUCAAGGCUGAUGACAAGGAGGAGUCCCGACCUGCUUCUGCUGCAAGUGGACCAGCUGACAAGGCUCCGUCUGAGAAGUCCGAUGAGCUGAAGGCUGAUGCCAAGGAGGAGUCCCGACCUGCUUCUGCUGCAAGUGGACCAGCUGACAAGGCUCCGUCUGAGAAGUCCGUCGAUCUCAAGGCUGAUGACAAGGAGGAGUCCCGACCUGCUUCUGCUGCAAGUGGACCUGCUGACAAGGCUCCGUCUGAGAAGUCCGUCGAUCUCAAGGCUGAGACCAAAGAGGAGUCCCGACCUGCUUCUGCUGCAAGUGCACCAGCUGACAAGGCUCCGUCUGAGAAGUCCGUCGAUCUCAAGGCUGAUGCCAAGGAGGAGUCCCGUCCUGCUUCUGCUGCAAGUGGACCAGCUGACAAGGCUCCGUCUGAGAAGUCCGUCGAUCUCAAGGCUGAUGACAAGGAGGAGUCCCGACCUGCUUCUGCUGCAAGUGGACCAGCUGACAAGGCUCCGUCUGAGAAGUCCGAUGAGCUGAAGGCUGAUGCCAAGGAGGAGUCCCGACCUGCUUCUGCUGCAAGUGGACCAGCUGACAAGGCUCCGUCUGAGAAGUCCGUCGAUCUCAAGGCUGAUGACAAGGAGGAGUCCCGACCUGCUUCUGCUGCAAGUGGACCAGCUGACAAGGCUCCGUCUGAGAAGUCCGAUGAGCUGAAGGCUGAUGCCAAGGAGGAGUCCCGACCUGCUUCUGCUGCAAGUGGACCAGCUGAUAAGGUUCCGUCUGAGAAGUCCGUCGAUCUCAAGGCUGAUGACAAGGAGGAGUCCCGACCAGCUUCUGCUGCAAGUGGACCAGCUGACAAGGCUCCGUCUGAGAAGUCCGUCGAUCUCAAGGCUGAUGCCAAGGAGGAGUCCCGACCUGCUUCUGCUGCAAGUGGACCAGCUGACAAGGCUCCGUCUGAGAAGUCCGUCGAUCUCAAGGCUGAGACCAAGGAGGAGUCUCGACCUGCUUCUGCUGCAAGUGGACCAGCAGACAAGGCUCCGUCUGAGAAGUCCGUCGAUCUCAAGGCUGAUGACAAGGAGGAGUCCCGACCUACUUCUGCUGCAAGUGGACCAGCUGACAAGGCUUUGUCUGAGAAGUCCGUCGAUCUCAAGGCUGAGACCAAGGAGGAGUCCCGACCUGCUUCUGCUGCAAGUGGACCAGCUGACAAGGCUCCGUCUGAGAAGUCCGUCGAUCUCAAGGCUGAUGACAAGGAGGAGUCCCGACCUGCUUCUGCUGCGAGUGGACCAGCUGACAAGGCUCCGUCUGAGAAGUCCGCCGAUCUCAAGGCUGAUGCCAAGGAGGAGUCCCGACCUGCUUCUGCUGCGAGUGGACCAGCUGACAAGGCUCCGUCUGAGAAGUCCGCCGAUCUCAAGGCUGAUGCCAAGGAGGAGUCCCGACCUGCUUCUGCUGCAAGUGGACCAGCUGAUAAGGUUCCGUCUGAGAAGUCCGUCGAUCUCAAGGCUGAUGACAAGGAGGAGUCCCGACCAGCUUCUGCUGCAAGUGGACCAGCUGACAAGGCUCCGUCUGAGAAGUCCGUCGAUCUCAAGGCUGAUGCCAAGGAGGAGUCCCGACCUGCUUCUGCUGCAAGUGGACCAGCUGACAAGGCUCCGUCUGAGAAGUCCGUCGAUCUCAAGGCUGAUGCCAAGGAGGAGUCCCGUCCUGCUUCUGCUGCAAGUGGAUCAGCUGAUAAGGCUCCGUCUGAGAAGUCCGUCGAUCUCAAGGCUGAUGACAAGGAGGAGUCCCGACCUACUUCUGCUGCAAGUGGACCAGCUGACAAGGCUCCGUCUGAGAAGUCCGUCGAUCUCAAGGCUGACACCAACGAGGAGUCCCGACCUGCUUCUGCUGCAAGUGGAUCAGCUGACAAGGCUUCGUCUGAGAAGUCCGUCGAUCUCAAGGCUGAUGCCAAGGAGGAGUCCCGUCCUGCUUCUGCUGCAAGUGGAUCAGCUGAUAAGGCUCCGUCUGAGAAGUCCGUCGAUCUCAAGGCUGAUGACAAGGAGGAGUCCCGACCUACUUCUGCUGCAAGUGGACCAGCUGACAAGGCUCUGUCUGAGAAGUCCGUCGAUCUCAAGGCUGAUGCCAAGGAGGAGUCUCGUCCUGCUUCUGCUGCAAGUGGACCAGCUGACAAGGCUCCGUCUGAGAAGUCCGUCGAUCUCAAGGCUGAUGACAAGGAGGAGUCCCGUCCUGCUUCUGCUGCAAGUGGACCAGCUGACAAGGCUCCGUCUGAGAAGUCCGUUGAUUUCAAAUCUGAGACCAAGGAGGAGUUCCGACCUGCUUCUGCUGCAAGUGGACCAGCUGAUAAGGCUCCGUCUGAGAAGUCCGUCGAUCUUAAGGCUGAUGCCAAGGAGGAGUCCCGACCUGCUUCUGCUGCAAGUGGACCAGCUGACAAGGCUCCGUCUGAGAAGUCCGUCGAUCUCAAGGCUGAGACCAAGGAGGAGUCCCGACCUGCUUCUACUGCAAGUGGACCAGCUGACAAGGCUCCGUCUGAGAAGUCCGUCGAUCUCAAGGCUGACACCAAGGAGGAGUCCCGACCUGCUUCUGCUGCAAGUGGACCAGCUGACAAGGCUCCAUCUGAGAAGUCCGUCGAUCUCAAGGCUGAUGCCAAGGAGGAGUCCCGACCUGCUUCUGCUGCAAGUGGACCAGCUGAAAAGGCUCCAUCUGAUAAGUCCGUCGAUCUCAAGGCUGACACCAAGGAGGAGUCCCGACCUGCUUCUGCUGCAAGUGGACCAGCUGACAAGGCUCCAUCUGAUAAGUCCGAUGAGCUGAAGGCUGAUGCCAAGGAGGAGUCUCGUCCUGCUUCUGCUGCAAGUGGACCAGCUGACAAGGCUCCAUCUGAGAAGUCCGUCGAUCUCAAGGCUGAUGCCAAGGAGGAGUCCCGACCUGCUUCUGCUGCAAGUGGACCAGCUGACAAGGCUCCAUCUGAUAAGUCCGAUGAGCUGAAGGCUGAUGCCAAGGAGGAGUCUCGUCCUGCUUCUGCUGCAAGUGGACCAGCUGACAAGGCUCCGUCUGAGAAGUCCGUCGAUCUCAAGGCUGAGACCAAGGAGGAGUCUCGACCUGCUUCUGCUGCAAGUGGACCAGCAGACAAGGCUCCAUCUGAUAAGUCCGUCGAUCUCAAGGCUGAUGACAAGGAGGAGUCCCGUCCUGCUUCUGCUGCAAGUGGACCAGCUGACAAGGCUCCGUCUGAGAAGUCCGUCGAUCUCAAGGCUGAGACCAAGGAGGAGUCUCGACCUGCUUCUGCUGCAAGUGGACCAGCUGACAAGGCUCCGUCUGAGAAGUCCGUCGAUCUCAAGGCUGAGACCAAGGAGGAGUCCCGACCUGCUUCUACUGCAAGUGGACCAGCUGACAAGGCUCCGUCUGAGAAGUCCGUCGAUCUCAAGGCUGACACCAAGGAGGAGUCCAGACCUGCUUCUGCUGCAAGUGGAUCAGCUGACAAGGCUCUGUCUGAGAAGUCCGUCGAUCUCAAGGCUGAUGCCAAGGAGGAGUCCCGUCCUGCUUCUGCUGCAAGUGGAUCAGCUGAUAAGGCUCCGUCUGAGAAGUCCGUCGAUCUCAAGGCUGAUGACAAGGAGGAGUCCCGACCUGCUUCUGCUGCAAGUGGACCAGCUGAUAAGGCUCCGUCUGAGAAGUCCGUCGAGCUGAAGGCUGAGACCAAGGAAGAGUCCCGUCCUGCUUCUGCUGCAAGUGGACCAGCUGACAAGGCUCCGUCUGAGAAGUCCAUCGAUCUCAAGGCUGAGACCAAGGAGGAGUCCCGACCAGCUUCUGCUGCAAGUGGACCAGCUGACAAGGCUCCGUCUGAGAAGUCCAUCGAUCUCAAGGCUGAGACCAAGGAGGAGUCCCGACCUGCUUCUGCUGCAAGUGGACCAGCCUACAAGGCUCCGUCUGAGAAGUCCGUCGAUCUCAAGGCUGAUGACAAGGAGGAGUCCCGACCAGCUUCUGCUGCAAGUGGACCAGCUGACAAGGCUCCGUCUGAGAAGUCCGUCGAUCUCAAGGCUGAUGCAAAGGAGGAGUCCCGACCUGCUUCUGCUGCAAGUGGACCAGCUGACAAGGCUCCGUCUGAGAAGUCCGUCGAUCUCAAGGCUGAUGACAAGGAGGAGUCCCGACCUGCUUCUGCUGCAAGUGGACCAGCUGAUAGGGCUUCGUCUGAGAAGUCCGUCGAUCUCAAGGCUGAUGACAAGGAGGAGUCCCGACCUGCUUCUGCUGCAAGUGGACCAGCUGACAAGGCUCUGUCUGAGAAGUCCGUCGAUCUCAAGGCUGAUGGCAAGGAGGAGUCUCGUCCUGCUUCUGCUGCAAGUGGACCAGCUGACAAGGCUCCGUCUGAGAAGUCCGUCGAUUUCAAGGCUGAUGACAAGGAGGAGUCCCGUCCUGCUUCUGCUGCAAGUGGACCAGCUGACAAGGCUCCGUCUGAGAAGUCCGUCGAUCUCAAGGCUGAGACCAAGGAGGAGUAUCGACCUGCUUCUGCUGCAAGUGGACCAGCUGACAAGGCUCCAUCUGAAAAGUCCGAUGAGCUGAAGGCUGAUGCCAAGGAGGAGUCUCGUCCUGCUUCUGCUGCAAGUGGACCAGCUGUCAAGGCUCCGUCUGAAAAGUCCGUCGAUCUCAAGGCAGAUACCAAACAAGAGUCCCGACCUGCUUCUAGUGCAAGUCUAGCUAGUGACAAAGCAUCAUCAGACAAAUCGGUUGAUCAUAAAACCGAUGUGGAAACAUCCUGUGCAUCCUCAUUUAUGAAAUUUGAGGAGUCUUUAUCGCGCCGAGAAUCAUCCACUACCACCAAAGACGAACGCCCUGCUUCAGCAAUGAGCGAUGGUGAAGAAGAUGACUUCGAGACAAAAGUGGUUAUGAAGGAAACCCGAUCCAAAUCUAUGUCAGCCGUGGCCACAUCUUCUGUACAACGUUCCGGAUUUGAAGGUAGCACAUUGGGAGUACUAGAAGAAUCGGUCAUAUCUUCCCGUGACGAUCUUGACACAUUGCGCAGCCCUCGUGAUAGUGUAACAAAAAUAGAUCCCACGUUCGUCCCACACCAAUCGGAGCGAACCAUGGUAAAGUCUUUUAAGCCAUUGUUUAGUGACAAUCCACAGUUCCCGGGAGAGAAGGAUGAUAUACACAAGCAAGAUGCAACGAGUACGUUCCCAAAAUGCGGCCUGGACAGUACCGAAAGCCCUGAUCAUGGCGCAUCUAUUGCCAAAGGCAUGGAUCAGCUACUAAAAGAUACAGUCACCUCCAUGAAAGAAAUUGAAAAGAUGACUUCCACAGUCAUUUCCUCCACGGUCUCUAAAAAGGAGGAAUCAACAACAGAAGGCAAGACCUCUGGAACAUCCACCAUGAGCGCAUUCCCGAUGUCUCUCGAUAGUGGUAAAUCGUCUCCUUAUCUUGCUGACAAAUCGCAGGAGUCCAGUGCAAAAUCGGUCAGUCCGCAACAGGACAAAGACUCGCUCGACGAGAGCUCCACAUCGUUCAACACAUUCAUUGAGAAGGAUAGCUUAUCGGAAAAGACCCAACAGCAGCAACACAUUUCUAUUCGAAUGAAUACAACUGGCGAAGCAGUAACAACUGAAACUACCGCAACCACAACUGAGAGAAUUGCAGACGAAUUGCUCUUUGCUGGUAAUAAAACACCACCAACUGCUCCAAUUAGUCCGAACGUUGCAGCAAAAGAUGGUAUGAGUAUAACCCAAACUCAUUGCGAGUCUUCAACUCUGUCUAGCUCGACGUCUGUUGCAUCAGCGACAAUGACACUGGCGAGUACUGCUAUGACGACUGCGCCGACUGGUCCGACUGCGCCAAAGGACGAUGCAUCUGGUAUUUCAACACCUAAAGAGUCUGUACCAUCUGGCAAGUCGAGCCCGGGGCUGAUGUCCGUGCACACGCAGGGUAGUACGGACAGUGCUUCCAAAUCGAUCAACUUGGGCCACAGCAGUUCAGGUAUUGAGACAUCAGAUUCAUCGCCAAAGCCAACAUCGCCCUUCCCGAAGGUGGUCGUCGACACGCUAAAACUUGCGGACGAGGCAAAGACCACCUCCGGCAUGAGCACACCGGACAUGACGCGUUCCUCAACGCCAGACAUGGUCGACUCACAGAUCGAGCGCAUUGCCACUACGACAGCGAGCGGGGAGAAGAGCGACUCUCAAACUACUGUUACGACUACGACGACGACGACAAAGACCACGACGUACAUCAUUAAGGAUGGACAAAAGAUUGAGGUCGACAGCAACGUGCAUAGUGACACAGUUAGCAAAACGGAAACACAGCAACCCGAUGCUUCUGCCGUCCCCUCCGGUGGAGUAUCGUCCAUCACCACAACAACUUACAUUGUGAAAGAAGAUGGACAAAAGAUCGAAGUGGACAGCAGCCAACACGCCGAUCAGAUGUCGCAAUCGAUCGUUUCCAUCAAAGCGUCGGCUCCUACCCAGCUAACGCUGGCCAGUACCGAGGAGCGCAGUUUCGCCGAGGACUACGAUGAAAAGGAUGUGCUGUCACCGCGAUCCGACAUUUCCUCUGGACAGGCAUCCCGCAUUGUGGCCGGAUGGCACGACGAGGAUGUACCUGGCUCGCCGAUGAGCGUCACUUCGCAAGCUCCACUGUCUCCCAGCACUAAAUACACCUACGACUACGACCUGCAGCAUUCGAGCUCGGGUGUGAGCAAAAAAUCUGACAUUGAAAUUGACCAGGACAGCCAGGACGACGUCGUUCCGCCGCAGUACGGCAGCGAGGAAGCGAAAUCGGCCAUUCCCAUCACUUCCAGCUACAAAGCAGACCCAAUGAGCACCUCGUUUUACGGCCAGCUGCCAGAAGUUCCGUCAAUGACCAUGGCCUCAAGCACCACUCGUUCGAUCCCGAUUCCGAUUACCGGUACCGCUAAAGGCUUUUCCAAACCGUACGUAGAGUAUGCGUCCAGUGGCGACAGCAGUGUCGAUUCCAGCCACAAGCCAUCGAUGACGGGUGACCGCAAGUAUCUGGACGAGGCAGAUCUUGACUUUGAAAAAGCAUUCAGCAGCGCCAGCAGCACCAAGAUGGACGAUCUGAUGACGACGUCAAUGCACUUUUCGAGCGAGAAAGAGUUUAUGGCCGCUACAUCCACUAUCGCUGCCAGUAUGGCCCAGGCGCAAAAGAUGGAAAUGGAUUUCACUUCAACCGGACUUCCGUCGUCGGUGACGACCACUGUCACGGGAGCACAGCCGAGUGCAGCUGUCGCCGCUCCGUCUCAGCUCCCGCCAGCACAACCACAAGCGCAAUCACAAUCAACUCAACCACAAUCAACUACCCAGCCGGCCGGACAGUCCACAAGUACGACUACGGCCGAAGCGAAGAGCGUGCUCGAUUCAUGGGGCAAACCACUGGGACUUCCAUCGCCAGCGCCCAUGACAGCCGAUGAUAACAAGACGACGCCGAAGAAGGAACGCCGCAUGCUGAUGAGCAAAACGAAGCUGAACAACGAGAAGAACCUCCGCAAGCGAGCCGAAUCUCCUACCAAAGCAUCUGCGAAAAAGUGUACCACUCCCGUCUACGUUGACCUGUCAUACGUGCCACAUCACGGCAACUCGUACUACGCGAACGUCGAGUUCUUCAAGCGAGUGCGUGCCCGAUACUACGUUUUCUCCGGUACGGAACCGAGCCGGGAGGUGUACAAUGCCCUGCUGGAGGCCAAACAAACCUGGGAAGAUAAAGAAUUAGAGGUAACUAUCAUUCCAACGUACGACACCGAUGUGCUUGGCUACUGGGUUUCGGAGAACGAGGAACUGCUCGCCAAGUAUCACAUCGAUCUGUCUCCAAGCGCGGCACGGUGUACAAUCAAUCUGCAGGAUCACGAGACGUCCUGUUCAGCCUAUCGGCUCGAGUUCUAGGCACCGGGGCGGAUCAUAGCAUUCACCAGCCAGACCAUGGACGAUGUGGAUGUGGACACCCAGCAAUAGCAGUAGGAGAUCUCAUCAGUACCAAGUUAUGCGCUGGCUUUCCCUUCCGUACCAUCUUUUAGGCGGAGGAGAUGAAGAAAGCUGGCCAACGUGAGUAGACACACUUUAGUUCGGUUCUUUGUACCGCAAAGACCUGCCGAUUGAUCGAUUGCACUCGUUCAAUUGUUAGUUGUACGUAUCUAGUCCUAGCGAGCGCAUCCUGGUAAUGCAGCUAUGUUAAGUUACAAUUAGACAUUUUCCUCCAACGGAAAGGUAUAGAACGAAAAGGAAUGGAAACAAGACUCAGCGUCAGCUAAAGAAAGAGGUUUUUAGAUAGAACACGACCGAGCGAACCCAAGCGGUGGAAAGGAAUAGCAGGGAAACAAGAUAAUUUAAACGAAGAGCUUACUUUGUAGAGCAUACCCUUUAUCCCGCACACGCAGUGACGCAUUGGUUCUUGAGCUUCCGGCUAGAAGACGCCUAGUUUAGGGAUGAUACAAAUAGAACGCAAGAAGUGUCCGUAAUGAGACAAACGAUAGUCUACCUGAAUUUUUUGAAUCUCCCUUUUGAAUCCUACAGACACUGCUUCUUUCUCUCUCAUCCAACGUUCCGACGGCGAGAGGCAAAUAUUUUUUCUUCCGCCAUAGCUUAGGCCGCUGCACCAAUCGCCGUGCACCGGUACAACAUUGCAAGGGGUUUUGCACCCUGUAGUUAGUUGUGAUAAAGUUUACUUGUUGAUUGAGCAAAAUUACUCCACAUGCUAAGUUGCAAUGUCAUAUACCAGAGAACAGAACGGCUUCCGACCGUGGAGGUUACACCUUCGUUGCACAGUCGUACCCGUUGGCAACUCGUCUGAAUACGUGCACAGCCGGGCACACACAGCAAAGGGUGGCAGCAUUGGGGAGAUACAAACGCACAACAUCCGUCUAAAGUCUACACCCAUACCGAUGAUAAUCGUAUAUCGCAACCAAAUCGAUCGUCGUUCGCUAGAUCUGCAUCAGACAAAUGCAACUGUUAACGUACGUACAACAUGCAGCACCGUCAAGCAAUCGUUACAUUGCACCAAUUACUAAUUCCAAGAAGAGGUAUGGGCGAGUUCGUGCCAUACCGGACGAUACAUAACGGGUCGGUUCAUCAGGGAGCAUAAACAGGAGCGAGGAUGAGUUUUUGGCAUGGCCAUUCCUGGGAUUGCUGUUCUUUUUUAGGAUUGCAAGGUAGUCAAACAAGCAAAGCAUAUACGCAAUGCCAUUUUGGAAGGAGUUCGAAACAUACGGGAGUUGGUUGAGAAGGGAUUUUUUGCUUUUCGGAGACUGUGGUUACAAUACAAAACUUUUAUACACCAGCUUACAAAAUCAUCAUCACCUCCAGUGCAACACAGACGGCUUGCCGUCUUGAUCGCCUAAAGUACCCAGCAAUGGAAUCCACCCAGUAACAGAGGAUAGGUAAACCGUGUUUAGGUAGGUAGAUAACGUAUCUUACGCAUCUUAUGAGAAUCGAAGCGAAGACGAUCGCUCACUGUAAGACGUCCACUACAGACUGGAGAAACACUUCACACGUCUCCCUUUCAGCGAACACAAAAACCACAUUGACACACGUCAGCCACAAUGCGUAGAGAAAGCCCAAGUGUGCCCAAGCGGCGUUUGCCAUAUUUCGGGGGAGUUGCCAACGCUGCGAACUGCAGCGGAAAGGUGUAAAAACAACCUAAGGACGAAAAAUAUCCCCAAAAAUAUCAAAGUUGCGCGCACCACGUAUAACCGAUGAGCUUUGAUGCGGACAGGAGAGUCUAUUUACUUAAAUCACUAAUGUUGUUGAUCGUACACGUCAAACUUUCGUGGCACAAAGAUAAACUAAACAUUCCUUAUGCUAUAGCGACUCAGUGUGCGCGGUGUGAUCCUUCAAGCACGCGUGCGUUUGUUUGUAUGGGUCUGUGGGCCAGUGGAUGAUCCAGAGAGAGGCAUGAUAGUUAUAUUUUUCUAUAUCACCUCUCUCUCUCUCCCUCUCUAACACACAAAAACGUGCGUUAUAUGAAAAGCACGAGCAGCACUGGCCCACAUGGAAUGGACAACAGACCGAAUGGAUGAAUUACUACUUAAAGGCAACACACACUUUUCCAUAAUGCAAUUUCGUCAUCUAAAUAAAUGAACAUCAUUUAUCACCACAGCUGAACUAUAUGAGCGAUUGAUUAUAGCAAACAAGAGGAUAAACAAAACUCUAUUUAUCUAAAUAUAGUCUGAACAAAAGACGAUUUAAGAGAGAAAGAGAGAGAGAAAGAGAGAGAGAGAGAAAGAGAGAGAGAGAUAAAAAACAACAAACCAAGAUGUACCAUGUUACUACAUUUAAUCUUCCUUAGAGCAAAGUGAAUAUUACCAAAUCAAGCAGAAAAAGGGGCGCCAAAUAUGCCACAAGAAUGUUGUUGUUGAAUGAAUGCCUAUAGUACAUUUCAGGGCGGUGGGUGGGUGGGUGUGAGAGUUGAAUAGAUCGUAAAUCAAAUUUUCCUAUACUUCAUCGAGAUGCACGCUCACAAAGCGCGAUACUACAUCCCCAGAUUGUUCAUGGAACGUGUUAUCCCUCUGAAAGAAACUUUCAGCUAUAGUUAAAAACAAAGGCAAACACAAACCAAUAGGAAACACAGGCAGGCCACGCAUUUAAUGCAUCAAAGAAGAUCGGAGCCUACACAUACAGGAGAAAAAUGGGGGGAAAAACGUAUUUAACACACUUCACACACGAGUUGAUAAUGAUGAUAAUGAUAGCGAUAUAAGCCCAUGAGACAGUUCAAAUGAAGCAACUUGCGAACAACAAAACAUUUAAACAACACAGCGUGCAGCAGCGGCACGAAACCGGAAGGCUACGUGCGGGGCGAAAGGGAACGAAAGAAACCGAAACACAAGACGAAUGUUCAACUAAUAAAUGUAUUAUUUGUUAGCACGAGAGAAAUGCGCUCCAGCAGCAGCAUUAGCCGAUCGAUUUGUGUUACAAGCGGCGGUGUUAAUUAAUGAAUAAAAUACACUAUAUAACGAUGUUUAGUUUCGAUGGCUGUUUAGCAAAAAAAAAAACAAAGCAAAACAACACACACACACACACACACACACACACACACACACACACACACACAUAUACAACACACACGUAACAUUGACGUGCAUCUACAAAUGCGUACUCGUAUAUUUAAAAACAACUCAUCCCACACUCAUCAAAACUGCAGAAAUCAGAACAAAUGAACGAUAUUUUACAAGUGCGAAAAGGGGGAGAGUAAUGCUUUAAAGCCAAAACAAGAAUGUGGGGGAGAGAUAAAACGUAACCGAACCGUGGUCGUCAUCGUGACAGACUCAGACAGAACAGCGUCCCGUUGAAGGAAGGAGACGGAAGGGGAGCAAAGAUAGGAGCAAAAUUUGUCGAUUUUUAUAUGCCAAUUUUAAGCUUUUAUAUUAGCCACCAAACAGACAGAGAAUUAAACAAAACAAAACAAAAAAAGAUACAUUUUCACCCCGCGUAGUAGAGACGGCCGUAGAAAACGUCGGCCCUAGUAACCUCUCUCAGUGAAGAAAUGCUUGUGAUUUCUGACUCCGGCCACAAACCGGGCACGCCGCUGAAUGUGACGAAAAUUUACUAUUUGCCAAUAGCAUUGCACGGAUAUUAGGAUAGGGUCUGUAGAAUCAACGUCUGCUUAUUGGUAGCGAGGGAAAGGAGACGCGGGAGAAGUAGAAAGAGCAAAAACGGCUGCCGCCUCCUAUCGGUGGCCAAACCACCGCCAAUGCUGAUCUGAUACCUGUGGCCAAUCAAAAUGCAAAGUGCUUUGCCGCUUAGUGGAUAUCAUUGUUUUGCUGCGUGCGUGUGACGCGUGUACGCUCAUCUGCCGACGUUGUGUUACGAUCACCUUUUACGAUAGCGGUAGCGAAUGUUUUCCUGAUUUGCCUUAGCUUGUGAGCCGACGAGCCAUCUGACCGACCAUUUGGAGGGUUCUUAUUACUGUUAGUAUUAGUGAGCAUUUGUCUGUUAAUGAAUUGGUUCCCAUUUUUGCUUUGGUUUACGCUUACGCGGGGUAAGUUUGGUAUUGCGACGUGAGUAUGAGUGUGAGUGUUCUUGUAUGUUUUGGGUGCUAUGUACCGGAAAUGCCUUCUAGGAUGGAUAGGAAGUCAACGCGACGCAAUGCGUGCGACAGAGAAGCAGGGAGUGAGGGAGAGGAGUAUCAUAUGUAUGGAUCCCCCCGAGGACGAACCAUGGAAGGGCUGUGCGACUGUGUGGGGUGUGACAAGUGUAGAAGACGCAAGGCAAACAUAAUGACGAUUGAGCAGUACGACGACGAAUUCGUGGAACGAACAGGUGAUACUGUUACAAAACUAGAAUAUACUGAGGGCCUAGGAUAAUGUUCAGCUUUCUUUUAUAGCCACCAAUCCCCGUACUGCAGCAAGAUAGACUAUGCCAAUGUACUAUCCAUACUUUGGUUUUACCUCUAAGGUUUACCAUGCGUUAGAUGCUAGACUGUUAAGUUAUGGUAUCUAGAUUUCGGUAUUGAUUUGUAGACAUUAAGAUUGCCCAGCGAGAACGGCUUUUGUAUUAUAUGUUUGCUUGCAUCUCUAACUUAUAUAUCAUAUCCUACUUUCGAAAAGACAAGAAGCAUGUAUGGCUGUAUGCAGUAUUUGCAUACAAAAAACGGGCAAAAAGAAGCUUUUGACAUUUGAUGACUAAAAACCAGUCGGACGGAAUUGGACUGAAAGUAUUCACAAGACACGCAACGUUUGGAAUGAGGCAGGACAGGAAUGUGGAAUUGACACAAACACACACAGAAGUUGAACGAUAAUGGAAAUUAUAUGAAUCUACAUUCUACACAAUAAACAGACACAUGCACACAUUCUGAUACUAUAAUAAUAAAAAAAAGAGUUAUCAUUAAUGCUGAGAUCACAUUGGUUGAGAUCUCUAGUAGCAAGAGGAAAACCCUAUACUUUUAGCUUCAUCUAGUCAGUUAAUUGAAUGUUUCAUCAGUUUUUGAAAGUAAACAAAAAAGAAAUAAUAAAGACAAGAGGCAAACAACAAAACAAAUACUAUGUACUCAUACAUACAUACACAUAAAGCAGCCGUACUACAGGCUGGACCCAACUAACCCGAUGGGAGAAAGGAAAUACUUAAGACCACUACAGAUGAGCGACAAAAAGAUGGGCGUAUCAUAUUUCGACUGCAAAGAAGCUACGACCCUUUUCGGCGUGAUGUUUUUUUAAAAUGAAAAUUCAAUAUGAAGGUGGGUCGUUUGGGAGGAUUACAACGUACAUUAACAAUGAAAGACAGCUUGAGGAACGUCGGACAUGGACGGGAUCGAAAAACGCGACCCAGACGAAAUGUUUUCUGCUGCUUACCAAUACAUCAAUUGUACGAAUAAUAUGCACCACUGUCAUCUCAAUGCGCAAAAUAGGCACGCAGAAGAGCAGAUUGCGGAAACAAUUUAUUGCAUACGCGUCUGAUGAAAAAUACGUCCGUUCUUUACGCCAGAGAGAAAGAGAGAGGGGGGAUAGGAACAUAACAGAGCAUGAGAACGAGCAAAAGCUGAAGAAUUUCCACAUUACCAAACCAAUUUAACGAUACAAAAACAGAAAACAAAACAAAGAGACAAACAAAACUAUUAACCUAUUAUUAUGAUGUAUGGUGAAAUCAAUAAAAAUGAAUAAAAUUCAAUAAAAACUAUAAAAUCUACGACUA